UGGAAUAAGAAGAAGAAGAAGAAGAAGAGGAGGAGAAAGAAAAAGCACAAUCCGGAGGAGCAAGGUUAUCCUGCAAAGAUCUGAGCAGAGAAAGACCACUACAGAGUUGCAGAUGUGGAAGAGGAGCUGUGCAAGUUCUAGUCCUGGGUGUCUGGCCCAGUGAUUGAACCUCAGACAGGAGCAGGAGGAAGCAGAGAGAAGGAUGGCCAUGGGGUCGAGCCUGAGCCAGGAUGUAGGCUGGUGCCUGCCUUUCCUGUUCUUGCUACUGAUGAUCUCAGUGUCUCCUGCCCACAGCCAAGGAUGUCCCCAGCGCUGUGAUUGCAUUGCGAAGCUCAAGACCGUGUCCUGUUACGGUAAGCGUCUGUCUGCAUUGCCAGAUGGCAUCCCUCUGGACACCAAGAUCCUGGACCUUAGUGGGAACAAACUCCGCUGGGUAGAACAUGGUGACUUGCUCCCGUAUACCCGUCUUGAAAAGCUGGACUUGAGCGACAACAUGAUUAAUGUCCUGGAACCAAAUGCUUUUUCUAAUCUCCAGAACCUGCUGUCACUUUCUCUGAGGGGGAACCAGUUGAAACUGAUUCCAAUGGGGGCUUUCUCACAUCUCUCCAACCUCACUUCAUUGGACCUCAGCGGCAAUAAAAUUGUGAUUCUUUUGGACUUUACGUUCCAGGACCUGAAAAAUCUCAAAAACCUGCAAGUUGGAGACAAUGAUCUAGUUUAUAUCUCCAAUAAGGCCUUUCUUGGUCUCGUGGGGCUGAAGGAGCUGACCAUUGAGAAGUGCAACUUGACGUCUGUGUCCAGCCAGUCGUUAUCAUACCUGCAUAACCUGGUGACUCUGCGGCUCCGCUACCUCAGCAUCUCUGCAUUAGAAGACCAGAAUUUCCGGAAGCUGGGAAACCUAAGGGGUCUUGAGAUCAAUCACUGGCCCUUUUUGGAGUACAUAUCCCCUCACAGCCUGCAGGGCCUUAACUUGUCCUGGCUGUCUAUCACGCACACCAACAUCACCUCAGUUCCGACAUCUGCCCUACGCAGCCUGGCCCACCUCACCAGUCUUAACCUCUCCUACAAUCCUAUCUCAGUGUUGGAGUCCUGGGCGCUGCGGGACCUUGUUAGACUGAAGGAGCUGCACAUGGUUAACACUAACCUGGCAGUUGUGCAGCCUUAUGCGCUGGGGGGUCUAAGGCAAAUCCGGGUUCUUAACCUGUCCUCUAACAGCCUGGUGACUCUAGAAGAAGGAGCUUUUCAGUCCGUCAACACUCUGGAGACGCUGCGUUUGGAUGGAAACCCUCUGGCGUGCGACUGCCGCUUGCUCUGGAUACUUCAGCGCAGAAAGACUCUUAAUUUUGACGGCGCCUCCCCAAUGUGUAUGAUGCCCGUUGAGGUGCAGGGGCGGGCUCUUAAUGCUUUCACUGACUCAGCUCUCUUUGAUCACUUCACUUGCCAGAAGCCCAAAAUCCGCAACAGGAAACUGCAACAGGUAUCUGCCCGUGAAGGACAGGUUGUGUCGUUCAUUUGCAGAGCGGAAGGUGAGCCAACACCUGUGGUAUUCUGGAUCUCUCCUCAACGCCGCCGCAUCACUACAAAGAGCAGUGGCCGCUUAACUGUACUACCAGAAGGCACAUUAGAAAUAAGAUAUGCGCAGGUAAUAGAUAGUGGGACUUACAUCUGCAUUGCCAGCAAUGCUGGUGGGAAUGACACCUACUUUGCCACACUUACAGUGAGUGGGCUGCCACUAGAUGCGGCCCUCAUGGCCAACCGCACUUACUAUGCUGGGGAUCUUAAUGACACAAAUCUAAAUGAUACCAGGGUCUUAUUGAAGUUUACUCUGGACCUUAAGACCAUCCUCAUAUCCACAGCCAUGGGCUGCAUCAUGUUCCUGGGUGUGGUCCUGUUCUGUUUCAUCUUGCUGUUUGUGUGGAGUCGAGGGAAAGGGCAGCACAAGAACAAUUUCUCAGUGGAAUAUUCCUUCAGAAAGGUGGAUGGGCCUGCAGCCAGCGGAGGACAGGGUGGAGCACGCAAAUUCAACAUGAAAAUGAUUUGAUCAUUCGAGUGGGAUUUUCUUAUUGGCACUUCUUCUCCGAUACCAUUCAUGAGCAGUGUCGAGCUAAGACGUGUGUAAUGGGAUGCCGGAGUGGGCGACUAUGCUUCCAAAACAGGAGAACUGACAAGAUGCUGUUAUUGGAAAAACAACUAUGUUGGGGGCGAAAAAGGCAAUUUCUGUAGAUUUAAUAAAUAUAAUAUUUCUACUACGUGGUCAUGCUAUUGUGAAGGGGAAAAUGUGUGUUAUAUUUAAAGAUGUCUCAAAAUCUUGAAUAGACUGUUAAAAUGACCAAGCAACAAUAGCUUUCAGAGUCCCACCAGUCUUUAACCUCUACAAUGCUCAUGCCAACUCUGUCUUUCUUUCCUGAAAGGAUUCCAGUGUUUUUCAUCUUUAGAGGACUUCACCUCUCUGCUCCAUCCCGCUCUCGAUCUCCAAACUCAUGAAUACAUAAUACCGGGGUGGUGCUCGGUGAUUGCCAAGGACUUGCCAAUAUUUAUUUGAGUAAUUCUAGCUAUAUACUGCAUAUGUAGAGUCAUACAAUCAGAAUUUCCGAGCACUACUAUGAUGUAAAUAUAGAGGCUCUGUUCUAUUUAUUUAUUUAUUUAUUUUUACUGAUAGUGGGUUUGUGCAAAAUGCAUCAGAUACCAAGAGUCUACUCUUUGCAACACUGCCAAUUUGACUGCAAAGCACCAUAUGAAAUAUCAGUAUCUGUCAGUGCAAAGCCCGGGUAGAGCGACGUCGCUCGUCACAGGUCCAAAUGUUUUAAAACAACAACAAAAAAAUUGACUCUACAGGUUAAGUGACAAUUAAAGGACCAUGUGCAGUUAUACAUUAGUACACACUAGAUACCUUUUCCACUUUUUUCUAUUUAUUAUACACACUAGACUCUUGCCCUCUUAAUUCCCCGUGUAAAGAUGAUGUGCAUGCGCACAAACUUGGCUUCUUACUUUGAAUAAUGUGUAAUAUUUGUACAUUGAACAUUUGUUGGGGUGCAUUCAUCCCAGAAUCCAAUUGAACGCACUGUAUAAGAUGUAAUAUUUAUAUUUUGUAAUCACUGACGUCCUUGUGGUUAUUUAUAUUGAUGUUGACUGCUGAGAUUUUUACUGUGAUUGUACUGUUUAAGUCUCCUUUUCUGAUCACAUGGGCAGACCUUUUACAGUCGUUACCACAUCAUCUCGUCACUCUCUGAGCUCGCACAAUGAAUCCUGAAGAGCGUUCAUGUUAGGUUUCACUCUGUCUGCCUAUUUCUGGCUUUACAAGCGAGCGUGGGGAGGCUUGGCUGAUCGGCAGAGGAAAGAGUUCCGUGGCUUCUCGUUGGGACCCUGAUCUGUUUUUAGACACGUAGAGAAAAAUGCUAAUGCGAUAUGGACCUUGCAGAGUGGAACAAAGGUCACAAUGAAACUGAGCCAGAGAGGAGAGGGAGUUGAGGUAUUUUUGGACGACACUAAGACUACAACAACAAAGGGCUGGAUGCAAGCUUCUAACAAUAUAAAUAUCAAUCACGAAUAAGACAGGUGUGCAUUAUUUUGUAAAAGUUAAAAAAGAAGUGGUUUGAAUGGAACUGGCUAACAUUGACAUGUAAUCAUUUUACAGACCGUGUUUCUAUAUUCAUUCACAUACAGAGCAAAGCUGUUUAUUCUUAUACUGUUCAUACAAUUUGUAAUUAGAAAAGCAAUGCAUAUGUAUGUACAACACAUGUAAUUCAAUAUGUGUGUGUUGUUGUUUUUGAAUUGGAAGUCUGAAAACUGAAAAAUGUUUGUUAGUUUCUACACAUAACUACAGUGCACACUUUAUAAAAGCCAGACUCUGAAUGCAUUAAAUCCACUUUCCCUCAUAACCUCACACAUUACCUUUUUUUUAAAAAAUAUUAUUGUUAUUAUUAUUAUUAUUCUUAUUGCUGUUGUUAUCGAGAGAGAACACAAGUGAAAUGCAUGGCACAUUCAAACCAUGAUGAAGUUUCUCAAGAUAAUGUGAGUAAAGCCCCAAGAACCAGCACCAGCAUGUUUAUGUUCCACUUUUGAUUGUGUUACUCUGCUGCCCUCUGUUGGCUAUACAUGGCAUUGACGUCUGAGACAUACAGUAACAGUAAGAUGUUAAUUCCGUUAUGAUAUCGAUGGACAGCUGAUCCAGUCGUACUGAGAAAGAGAAAAAAACAUUUUGCGUUAAAGCGAAUAAAACAUUCCUCACGCAGCAAACGCUCACUUGCUCUGGAGCUUGUUAUAUAUAAUCUAUAAGUUGGUGUGCGUCCACGUACAAAAGUAUGAAUGAGCUGUGAAUUUGUCCAUCUGUCCUCGGUUAAUCUUAAAUCGGUCAAUCUGUAAAUACUGAAGCCAUUACGUCUGGGAAUUGUGCUAGACUGUUUUGUAUUGUAUGGUUUUAUGGAAAACGGAGCACACUGUUUGUAAAGCAUGCUGUAUUAUCUGCUAUGAUAAUGUCCUGUCCCAUUUUUAUAGCUGUCGUCCGGUCUUUGGACCCCCCCAUGGUGAGAGUCGGAGGCACUGACUGAGGGUCUGAAAAACACCCGUGACCCUGUCACUGUGAGAUUUUGCGUUGCUUUGAUUUUUCCAGAUCUUUGUCAUAUCUUUGUCUUUAUCAGACGGAUGGGUAUGUGAAUUACACCACACAGAAAUGCCCUUAAUCUGAUAAACCUUAUUAAUAUCACUUCUGCCCACAGUGUACGAGUAGGGGUCAUUUUUCAUUUUUGAUGCAUUCAUCAAACCAAAAACAAGUUAACAAAUAAAAUUGUGAACAAAGACUAAUAUUCACACUGUU